CGCUUUUGCGUGUGAACGGUGACAGCAGCAGCGUGCCAGUGUUACAAGUAACUGCAACUUUGGCGGGGGAUUCUUUGGCUGCGUCACUAGAGCUUUCUUAUCCUCUGGCGCGCGGGAAGCUGUUUUAGUGACUGACACAGAGGGGACCGUGUCCCCGACUUCUUCAGCUAUUGUUUUCACGUGAGCCCAGAAGAUGGCGACAAAAGAGAUGUUUGAAGAUACUGUUGAAGAGCGGGUCAUCAAUGAAGAGUACAAAAUCUGGAAAAAGAAUACUCCUUUUCUAUAUGACCUUGUGAUGACACAUGCUCUUGAGUGGCCAAGCCUUACAGUGCAGUGGCUCCCUGAUGUUACCAGACCAGAGGGUAAGGACUAUGCCCUGCACUGGCUUGUUCUAGGCACUCACACAUCAGAUGAACAGAAUCACCUUGUUGUGGCUCGUGUACAGAUUCCUAAUGAUGAUGCCCAGUUUGAUGCUUCACAUUAUGACAGUGAGAAAGGUGAAUUUGGGGGCUUCGGCUCAGUAAGUGGAAAAAUUGAAACUGAAAUAAAGAUCAAUCAUGAGGGUGAGGUAAACAGAGCUAGAUACAUGCCACAAAAUCCUUGUAUUAUUGCAACAAAAACUCCUUCCUCUGAUGUGCUGGUAUUUGAUUACACCAAGCAUCCAUCUAAACCAGACCCAAGUGGAGAGUGCAACCCUGACCUACGAUUAAGAGGCCACCAAAAAGAGGGUUAUGGUCUGUCCUGGAAUUCUAAUUUGAGUGGACAUCUACUCAGUGCAUCAGAUGAUCAUACUGUUUGCUUAUGGGACAUAAGUGCUGGACCAAAAGAAGGCAAAAUAAUAGAUGCAAAGGCCAUCUUUACAGGACAUUCUGCUGUUGUUGAAGAUGUAGCAUGGCACCUUUUACAUGAGUCCUUGUUUGGCUCUGUGGCAGAUGACCAGAAACUUAUGAUAUGGGACACCAGAUCAAAUACCACAUCUAAACCAAGUCAUUCAGUAGAUGCUCACACAGCUGAAGUCAAUUGCUUGUCCUUCAAUCCAUAUAGCGAAUUUAUUCUUGCCACUGGUUCUGCUGAUAAGACUGUAGCUCUGUGGGAUCUCAGGAACUUAAAACUCAAACUUCAUUCCUUUGAGUCACACAAGGAUGAGAUUUUUCAGGUUCACUGGUCUCCACAUAAUGAAACAAUUCUUGCAUCCAGCGGUACUGAUCGCAGACUUAAUGUUUGGGAUUUGAGUAAAAUUGGCGAGGAGCAAUCCGCAGAAGAUGCAGAGGAUGGACCACCUGAACUUUUAUUUAUCCAUGGUGGUCACACUGCAAAGAUCUCAGACUUCAGCUGGAACCCUAAUGAACCCUGGGUAAUUUGUUCUGUGUCUGAAGAUAACAUCAUGCAGAUUUGGCAGAUGGCUGAAAAUAUUUACAACGAUGAAGAACCUGACAUACAACCUUCUGAGCUAGAAGCUCAAGGAUCGUAGACUUUAACACUUCUCAGAAUGCCUGAUGCCGUUCACCUGUAGUGAAGUGGUUUCUGUGUCUAAAUUAUCGGAUUAUUUUGAGUACCACAUGCAUUUGACAUUUUUUUUCCUCCUUGUAUAACAUUGUAUUGUGUUCUUUGUAUCAGAGAGUUGCUGCUUAAGUGGUUCGUGGAAUAAUACAAAUAAAAAAAAAUAGUCUACAGUG